AUGUCUCAAGAUAUUAAUGAAGAGAUGGACGCUUUGGUGCUGCAAGAUGCUGCGCAGCCAACGAUGCAGCAGCUGAUGCAACAAAUGUUGCAUCAGCAACAUUUGUUGCAUCAGCUGCAAAUAUUUAUGCAGCAGCAGCAGCAGCACCAGCAGCACCAGCACCAGCAGCAGCAGCAGCAGCCCGCGGCAGGGGCAUGUCUGGCGGUCGAGGAGGCGACCGAGGUCAAGGAGGUUGGGCCCGAAGAGGCGCCGGGGUCCGAGGAGACGGCUGGGCCCGAGGAAGCCGAGGAGGCGGCUGGGCCCGAGGAGGCCGAGGAGGCGGUUGGGCCCGAGGAGGCCGAGGAGGCGGUUGGGCCCGAGGAGGCCGAGGAGGCGGUUGGGGCGUCAUAA